GCUGCUGCUGCUGCUGAGAGCCAGAGGGAGGACACGCGUGUGAAAGGCUUUCUUUUGCUGCCCGGCUGAUUCGUUUCAAAGAUUGGAGAUGAUUUUCUUCCAGAAACAGCUGGCAGCGUUCCUGACUCUGUCCCUGCUGAGGAGCCCAGCCUGGGCUGAGGAGCGAGACGUCCCGCUCAGUCUGUGGGGAAAAGUGGCUGACCUAACCACCGGAUGGAGCCACUGGAAGCUAAAGCCCCAGGUCUCCAUCCCCGCUCUGGAGGAGCUCACCGUCUGCCUUAAUGUGAAGCUGAAGAUCCAGGGCUUCUCGCCGUGGACGAUCUUCAUGUACCGUCACCCUGAGGUUCAGUAUGCGGAGCUUGGCAUGGGGGGAAAGGAAGGGCGCUUGGUGGUUUGGAUGUUUGGAGAGGAAUGGACCACUCCGCAGCUCAAUCUCCAGCUGUGGCGGUGGUACACGCUGUGCGUCACCUGGUCCCAUACCAAGGACAGGCCCACUCUCUACAUUAAUGGCGGCUUAGUCAACAUCACAGCAGCUCACACAAGCACCCCUACUGCACCGCCGUGCUGCCAGCUGGCCCCCAAUGGGUCCCUCACCCUGGGGGUGGGACACUCCGUCUACGACGGGAACAUCCACAUCAUCCCGUACAGCGGUAUGUUGGGGAAAAUCUCCCUGUUUCGAAUGUGGGGGCGAGAACGAAGCGAAGAGGAAGUGACGUCCCUGAGCUGCACAGAAGGUGAUCUGGUCAAGUGGGAGUGGGACAACUGGGACACGGCGAGCUGUGACCCAGUUUCUGACACCAGCUUGCAGUGCGAAUGGUCCUUUUAUGAGGUCACUCUCCAGUUUGUCAUCGUGCGCUACGACAAAAACACCACUGAGCCCUACACAGCCAGAGACAUCGCACAUUACUGGCUCAGACAGGUUUUACCGAAAGAAAUCUAUUUACACAAAGUCUAUGCCUUUGAAGUAACCAGAUCCAACACAGAGGAACGUAUAAAAACACCAUCUGGAGACGCGCUGACGCAGUGGGCUACGGAGAAUAUUAGCAGGUUCCGCUGCCUGGCUUACACCAACGUCAUCCCAAAGUGGGACGUUGCAGCUUUGCAAAGGGAGAUGUACAACGACCUUUCCAACAACUACGUCGACCCCAGCGGUCUGCUGCUGCUGCUGGCCGACACCAGCACCAUCUACACCACCCCUGUUGAAAGUUUUUCCCUGACAACCAUCAGCCCUGCGGUGGUCAUGACAGGAGCCUCUCCCAUCACAACCUCCACCUUUAAAACCACAUCAGCCUCUACCUUCACCCAACCGGCGACCACGACCCACACCAUCACCAGAACCCCUGCGAAUGUCUCUGAGCUUUACUUCGAAGUCAAGGUGAACGUCUCAAUAACAGGAGACUGUGACCCCCGACAGAUCCUCCCCAGCUGGCUUAACAUGAGUCUCCCUGAUGACUUAAUGAUGGUGCUGGACCUGCAGCUGCUCCCCAAAGCAGAAAGACGUCACCCUGAAAGGAAAUAUCGGCAAACUUCCAAUCAGGUGUACAAAGAUGGAUUUUCAAGAGAGAGCUUCAUCUUCCAGGUCCAGGUGUCGACGCAACAGUCAGACACAACGGAAAUGAUAGACCGAUUACGGCAGUGUCUGUUGAUGCCCUACGACAACGGGUCGGUCUCCAUCGCAGCGGAGCACGUACAGAUAAGUCGCAUCUUGGUUCUUCAGUGCGACGCCGAAGCCCAGCAGACCCUGAAAGGCCUGUUCAUGUGGCCCGACACUACGGGAGGCAGAAAUGCUACGUGCGCAUGCCCAAAAAACUCCCGCCGCUCCGCCACCCGACUUUGCAAACUGUCCCAGUGGACCCGCUGGAUGGAGCCAAACCUGGAAGACUGCCCCCCAGUGGUGGAAACUAUCCCUGAUCUGGAUCAUGUUGAAGUCACUUCUGGGACCGGAUUCGAUGUGGUGGAGAUGAUCGAGGAUUUGCUGGGAAACCACUCCAACCUCAUCUACAAAGAGCUGGUCACCGUCCUCAACAAGCUGAAGGACAUCAUCAGCGUCAGCGUGGUCACGCCAGACCUCGGCCAAGCUCUCAUCAACGUCAUCUCCAACAUCCUGGAAUCAGACAGCAACCUGGGGCCUUUCACAAACACUAUUCUAAACCUCACAGAGGAGGUGGGAGACAAGAUGGUGGGCUACGAGGGCUCCUACACGCUUUCUGCCCGAGCACUGGCUAUCUCGGUGGUGGAUGUGGUUCCCGCGCAGUUCAGCAGCUUAAGCUUUGGAGUUUUGUCUGAUUGGACCGGCACCAAACCUGAGAUUUUUAUCAACAGGUAUCCGUCAGACGGCACGGUGGCUUUCAUCUCCCUGCCGUCUGUCCUGCAGAACACCUUCCCACAACACGGUCUGAACCAGCACCGGCCCAGAAUCCAGUUCCAGUUCUACGCCAACCCGCUGCUCUUUAAGCUUCAGAGAGAGCACAGGAAGGCCGUCCUCAACACCUUCGUGGUGUCGGCCAGCGUGACCAACGCCAGCUCGCCAAUCAAAGACCUGCGUGAAGACGUCAAAAUCAUGCUCCACCAUUUACAGCAUAACGCCCAUGAUGAAGUGCAGUGCGUGUACUGGAACUUCAAUAAAAACGAUGGACACGGGGGCUGGGACGACCACGGCUGCAGGAAGUACAACAGCACCCCGGACUACACGACGUGCCUCUGCGACCAUCUCACACACUUUGGAGUUCUUCUGGAUGUCUCCAGGACCCAGCUGGACCCGGUUCACGAACACAUCCUGACCAUCAUCACCUAUGUUGGUUGCGGAGUCUCCUCCCUGUUCCUAGGAGUCACCGUUGUCACGUACCUGGCCUUUGAGAAGCUUCGCAGAGACUACCCCUCUAAGAUCCUCAUAAAUCUCUCUCUGGCCCUGCUGGGUUGAAUCUGGUGUUUCUGGUCAACUCCUGGUUG